AUGGAUUCCAGUGGAAACUUAGAAAAGGAACGACAAAAUUUAGAUUCACUUAAAGAACAAGUAGAACGUAGUAGUCAACUAUCCGAGAAAAUGGUCGAUAUUCUUACAUCAUUUGAAAGCAGGCUUGGCAGGCUUCAACAAACCAUACUACCAAUUUAUAAUGAAAUGGAAAAUUUACAACUUAAAAAAACAAAUAUUGAAAAAACUCUAUUUGAAUUGGAUAGAGUAAUAAUGUUUCAUGAUGUUUGCCCAAGAGUUGAAUCUAUUAUUUUGGGAAGACCAAAUGGACCUGAUGGGUUGAACGAGUUUUUAGAUGCUAUGGAAAGAUUGCAUGAAGCACAAAACUAUUUUGAAAAAAAUAAUCCUCAAAGUGUUGAAUUAGAAAAUGUGUCAUCAUUGUUCAAGACUGGAGGAGAUAGUAUUCAAAGAGAGUUUAAAGAAAUCCUUUUAAAACAUAGCAGACAUGUUCAACCUGCUAUUUUACUUGAUAUUGUCACAAAUGAUGAUGAAUUAGUAACUGAUGAAUCAUCAUCUAUUAGUUCUAUAAGUCAUUUUCCUGAAACUGUUUCUUCAGACCUUAUUCGUUUAGCUGAUUGGUUAAUUAGCCAAUCUCGUGAUGAAUACAUGAAUAUGUACGCUAGAGUACGAGCUAAUACACUUAUGAAGUCAAUGACUACAUUAAAAGAAUACCAGAAAACUGGAAGUGCUGGGAGCACUUGUAUGGCUGCAGGACAAACUAUGAGCUCGCCUUCAGUAAAAUCUAAAUUUCCUCAUAAAUCUGAGGUAACCGUUACAAGAAAAGCUUCAAAACGUAUACAACAUGUGUUUGAAAAAAAAGCCAAUCGUAUGCUAAUGAAAGCAUCCCAAACAUUAGGCCAGUCAACCGGUUUGAAUUUAGGAAACAGAAGACCUACACUUAUUGAAAAUCGUGAAGAUGUUGUUGAUGAACAAGAAAUGGAAAAUUAUCUCAUAUCAGUAAUUGCUCUGCAAAAGCUUAUGCAAGCAGAACUAUCACUGAUGGUUGGCAUUAUACCAAUCAAGCAUCACCAUCAAGUAUUUCAAAUUAUCAUUCAAGAGAGCCUCUCUAAUAUUGUUCAUGAAGGAGAGAACAUAGCAGCUAGAGCAAAAAGGUGUAUACACAGAAAAGAAUUUGCCAAUUUAUUUGUUAUGUUUCCUAUUUUAAAACAUUUGACUGCUAUGAAAUCUGAUUUUGAACGUACAAUGGAAGGCUGUGAUGCUACCAUUAGAGGUCAAUACUCAACAAUUCUCAAUAUACUUCAUUCCACAGGUGUAAGAACACUAGAUGAAAUAGUUGAGAGUGUCAGGACUGACAAUUCAAUGGGAUUACCUAGAGAUGGUACUGUUUUUCAAUUAACUAGUGAUGUGCUAGUAUUGAUGGAACAACUACUCGACUAUAUGGACAGUGUAGGCCCUCUUCUAGCUCAAGUACCUUUGUAUAACAAUAUGAUUGCACAUCAUAUCACUCCACCAGAAAAAUACAAAUAUCUCUUAGGACUUUAUAUUAAAAAAGUAUUAUCUCAAUUGAAUCUGAUGCUUGUAAAUCGAAGCGAUUCUUACAGUGAACCAGGUGUUAAAUAUCUCUUUCGAUUAAACAACUGUCAUUAUGUAAUAAAAUCGCUACAAAGAUCUGCUUUGUUGGACAUAGUUUCUUUGACUGAACAAGAAUGUGAAAAUACUUAUCAUGAGAUGAUCGCAUCACACAAAAAAUCUUAUCAACAAUGUUGGAAUAGAAUACUAGGAUUCAUAGCCAAUUUGGAUGAUGUUCAAGUUAUUAAUGGUAAACUGAAGGAUAAGGAUCGUAACAUAAUUAAAGAAAGAUUUUCUGGUUUUAACAAAGAAAUUGAAGAAAUAUUAAAGCUUCAAAGAGGUUACACAAUACCAGAUAUUGAAUUGCGCGAAGGAUUGAAGCGUGACAACAAGGAAUUUAUUUUACCCAAAUACAGUGCUUUCUAUGACAAAUUUUCCCAGUCGUCGUUCACCAAGAACCCUGAAAAAUAUGUUAAGUAUACACCAGCUCAAGUGUCAGCUAUGCUUGAUCGGUUCUUUGAUGUUGCUGCUUGAAAUUUGUAUUUUCUAGUUAUAUUUUAUAAACCUAUUUUUAUUAUUUUUAAUCAUUCUCUACUACUAAUAUUAUUAAUUAUUUAUAUAUUUCCAUUAGAAAUUAUAUUGUACAGCAUUGCGUAAUAAGUAUCAACCAUGUAUUUAUUCAAACAUCUUGAACAAUUUUACUUUUAAGGUGUAAUCAUUUUAUAGCAGACUGAUCAAAUUAUCAAAAUGCUCUCGUUUACAGUGAUAAUCUUAGCAUAAAUAUAUAAUAUUAUGUUUGUUUAUUUUUUUCAACCAAUGUUAUUGAAAGUUAUGUAUUUAUCCCUGUUCAAUUGUUAUUUAAAUUAAAACAUAUAUUUUAUAAA